UGAUUAAUGCUUGUAAAUCAUUUGUGUUUGUCUCUAGUGUGGUGGUCUAAUUAUUUCUGAGGUCACAGAGAAAUAAAUUUCAACGUGACCAAGUGAAUUACAUGUACUUAAUUUCAUUGACCAAGAAAAAAAAUCUAAAAUAAUUAAAGAAAAUAUAUAUAUAAAAUUUAAUAACAUAAAAUAAAUUAUAAAUAUAUAUUUAAAAAUUAAUAAAUAAUGGAGUCAACAGUAGCAGGAAGAAGACGUAAUGCAACAAGACAUUCUGCUGAAGAUCAGGCUCUUGAUCAAAUAGCAAAGGAGGCAGAAGCAAGAUUAGCUGCAAAAAGACAAGCACGAGCUGAAGCUCGAGAAAUACGAAUGAGGGAUUUGGAAAGACAACAUAAAGAAUCAGAAGAAAAUGCUGAUAGAGUUUACGAUAUGUGUACAUCUGAUGGACCAAGAACACUGAGGGUAACACCAGAUCCAAUAAGAACAGCUCGAUUAUUAACAAAUUCAAAUAAUUUUCAAUCAAGUCGUAGAUCAUCAGAAGAUUCACUUGAAGAUGCUGGUUUAAGCAGAGAUUUACGAUUAGAAUUAAAAGAAUUUGAAGAAAAAUUUCGUAAAGCAAUGAUUGCAAAUGCCCAACUUGAUAAUGAAAAAUCAUCAUAUGCAUAUCAAGUUGAUUUAUUAAAAGAUAAAUUAGAAGAAUUAGAAGAAUCAUCAGCAACAUUAAGACGUGAACUCAGGGAAAAAAAUAGAGAAGCUGAUCAAUUAAAACGUGUCAGUCAACGAUUGAAAGAAGAUUUAGAUAUAUGCAAAGCACAAUUAUUAGAACGAGAUACUCUUAUUCAAGAAAAUGGACUUGUUAUUGUGGAAGAUGAAGAAAGUGAAAAUGAAGAAACAGGUCAAAUGAAUGGAACUCAUAGAAAAAGAGUACUAGUCAGUACAGAAGCUGCUGAAUUAUUACAAAAUGCUGGUGAAGGUUCAUUGGAUGUUCGGUUAAGAAAAUUUGCCUUUGAAAAAAAAGAACUUCAAGAUGAAAUAGGACAUUUAAAAUUAGAACUUGAUGAAGCUAAAAAUCGAAUGAGAUCAGAAAGAUCAUCUGGUUCAGUAUUAGGUCUAGCAGAUAAUGAUGAUAUUCAACGUGAAGCUAAUAAAUUACUUGCUGAUUAUAAAUUUAAAUUACAAAAAGCUGAACAAGAUAUGUUGACAUUACAAGCAACAGUUGCAAGGCUAGAAAGUCAAGUAAUACGUUAUAAAUCAUCAGCUGAAGCAUCUGAAAAAGCUGAAGAUGAACUUAAAGUUGAAAAACGUAAAUUACAACGUGAAGUCAGAGAAUCACAGGGUCGUGUUGAAGAACUUGAAACAGCAAAUUCACAUUUACAAAAACGUCUUGAUAAACUAAAAAAUGCAAAAUCAGCAUUAUUAAAAGAACUUUGACGCGAUGAGUUCACUGGUGGUGGUUCGAAUGAUUAGAAAAAAAAAAAAAAAAAACAAAGAAACAAUUAUUAUUUAUAUUUUUAAUUCUUUUUUUUCUUUUUUUUUUUUUUUUUUAUUAUCACAAGAAUUUUAGCUGGUGAUAUUGAAAUAUGUGUGUAGUGGACAAAAAUUUAUCAAACAAAAAACUUUAUAAAAUAAUAAGAAAAAUCAUGGACACGAUUUUGAACAAAAUAAGAAGAAAAAUUUUUCAAUUUGAAAAUUAAUUAUUAAACAAAUGACAAUGUCAUGCUAACUUGAAAUUUAAGGACCAGAUUAUACAACGACAUAUAUUUAUUCUAUCCAACACCUCGGUCCCCCCAUUGAUUACCUGGUUUUUUUUUUUUUUUUUUUCUUUUUUUUAAAUUAUUAAUUUGAUUGUACACCACAUGUUAGGCGUUCUUAUUUUAACAAUAGUAAUAAUAUUAAUAAAUGAAAAAGUAGAAUUUAAAAAAAGUUAAAUUUUAGUUCGAGAACUGAGACUUACACUUGGUCGAAUUAAUUUGAACUGAAAUUAAAAAAAAUCAAUACAUUAAUAACAACAUUAAUACGUAAAUAACUUGUCAUAAUAAUGAUCGAGUCAAUUUUUAAAUUAAUUUUAAUAUUUAAUGAGAUAGUAAAAUCAACAGAGAAUAUUUGACUGGUUUUCAUACAUAGUACAUUUUUACACUAAUAAUUAUAACAAUAAAUGAACAAAUUUUUAUAUUAAAAGAACUGUUUAAAUGUGGGUCAAAAGAUGAAAUUAAAAUAAAAAAAAAAAAAAAAAAACACAA